AUGGAAUUGUUGAAGGAGAAAGCAGUGAAUAAUGUUCAGGAAGUGUGUGCUCUUUGUGCUGAUACUAGUCAUAAAACUUUGGAGUGCCCCGCUUUGGCAAUAUAUCAGAAUGGUGAUGUAGAACAGCCUCAAGUGCAUUCAGCUGAAAAUCUUAAACCAGUGAAAGCAGUGAUCACACUUAGGAGUGGUCAACAUGUUGAGCGACCGGAUACUCUUGAACAAGCCGAACCAAGGCAGUCAGUUGAAGAUGAUUUUGAGUUUGAACAGCGCCCCAAGGUCUUGGAAGAUGCAACGGAAUCACCUAAGGCCAUUCAACAAAUUCCCUCUUAUGCCAAUUUCUUGAAGGAAAUAUGCACAGUGAAGAGGCAAUUGAAUGUAAAGAAAAAAGUCUUUUUAACGGAACAAGUUAGUGCGAUAAUUCAGCACGAGACCCCUCCAAAGUAUAAAGAUCUGGGCUCCCCUACAAUUUCCAUCAUGAUUGGUGAAUCCCGAAUUGCUAGAGCUUUGUUGGAUUUGGGCAGUAGUGUGAAUUUGUUGCCAUACUCAAUCUAUGAGCAACUUGAUUUGGGAGAAUUAAAGGCGACCACAAUGAUGCUCCACUUAGCUGAUAGAUCAAUUAAAAAGUCAAGAGGAGUUAUGGAAGAUGUGCUUGUGCAAGUUGACAGGUUUUACUAUCUAGGUUACUUUGUGAUUUUGGAUAUGCAUCAGUCAAGUGCCAACAAUUCUCAAGGUCCUGUCAUCCUUGGGAGGCCAUUUCUAGCUACAUUAAAUACUUUGAUCAAUUUUAGAAGCAACAUCCCAAAGGUCACUUUUGGGAACAUGGCGCUUGAGUUAAAUGUUUUCAACGCAUGCAAAAUGCCGAACCACUUUGACGACACAAGUGAGUUGAAUGCUAUGGAUGGUUUGAUGCCAACAGAAAUCAUUUGCUCAACCCUUCCCCUUUCAGAUGAUGAGUAUGUUUUUCAAGCUUCUGAAUUUUUGCUUAAUGAGGAAACUGACCUUGCUAAUGAAAAUUUUCUUGAGGUGUUAGAUUGUGUUGCAAAUUUUUCUUCACCACUAGAGGUACGAGCCACAAGUGCAAGAUGGUAG